UCUUUGCCUAUUUUUCGUGUAGAAGAGAAUAGAAUAUCCUUAAGGGUUUACACCUUGAAACAGAAACGACCAAACAAUAUAAUUUUUCUUUGAUCAAGAUUCAUAAUUUUAUAUUCAACGUGUGGCACGCAGAAGUAAUCGUUCUUUCAAAGUAGGAAUUAAUGAAGGAAUUGAUAUGUUUAAUGUUAAUCUGCAUUUCCUGGGUUACAAACCAAAAUCUUAACUGCAACUGUGGACGGACGAACAUGAAAAAGUUCAUAAACGAAAAAGUGACCAAUAAGAAUGAGUAUCCAUGGAUGGUGCACCUGAGCAACGGAUGCGGUGGAUCCAUCAUCACCGAAAAUCAUGUCCUCACGGCUGCACAUUGCACUGAUAAAAAGGAGCCCGAAGACAUCCAAGUUUAUGUUAGAAUGGGUCCCAGAAAUAAGGAGAAAAACGAGAGCAUGAUAAAAUAUGGUGUAUCUAGGAUACAUCAGCAUGAAGAAUUUAAGAGCGAUACAUUUAUCAAUGAUAUAUCAAUCCUAGUCAUUUCUGAACGAAUAGCUUUCAAUAAGUUUAUCGGCUCAGUCUGUUUGCCAUAUACUCCAUUCAGACAUAAAGGAAAGCUUAUCAGGAUCACAGGUUGGGGUGAGAUUGAAGACACAGGUGAUGACGAAGUCGGCACGAAAUAUAUAAAUAAUGAAGAAUGUAAAAGAAGGUGGCCAUAUGUCCAGGACACAACUCAAAUUUGUGCAUUCACCCUUAAUAAUAAUUCUUGCAGCGGCGUCUCAGGAGGUGGUUUGGUAUACCAGAACCCUGACACCGAAAGGUAUACCCAAGUGGCUGUGGUAUCCUUUGCACCAGAAGAAUGUGGAAAUGAUUCCAAACCAUCUGUCAACACUGAUAUAUUUGUUCAUAUGGAUUGGAUCCAGCAUGCUGUUGCAAGUGGCCAAACAGGAGCAAAACUUUGCAAAAAAGUAUUUCGAAAAAACAAGAAAGGUGAAGCUGGAUGGAGAAGCGGAAGACAAGUAAAAUCUAAAAAAAAAAGGGAAACUAAAGAUGAAUAUUCAUCAUCUGGAGUUAAUUUAACUAAUACCAUCGGUAGCAAAACUUUUCAAAAGGGUGCAGAAAUUCAGAACGCUUUAAAUCCUUUAAAAAUAAAGUCAAAUGAGAAUAAUAAUCAUGCAAUAAAACUUUAUGAGCAAGAUAGGCAGGAUAAUGGAAAUGACACUGAUUACGCUCAAAAUGAUCGUAAUUACCCUGAUUACGAACUUGAUUACUAUGGAUAUGAUGCUAAUUUAUCUAAUUAUGAUCCUACUUUCUCAGGGAACAACCCUAAUAGCACUGGAAAUAGUCUUACGGAGCUUAGAAAUGACCCUAAUAAGAAGGAACAUGACCCUUUGAAACUGGGAUAUCGCCCUAUUGUUAAUAUUCAAAAUCUUUCUCGUAACCAAAAUUAUUGCCCACGUUACCCUGUUUACCCUACCCCAUGCCCUGGACGCCCGGGAUGCCCUUGGAAUUGCCCUCCUCUACCAUGUUGCUGCCCAGGAUAUUACCCUUAUUGCCAUUCAUUAUGCCCUCCAUAUCCUCCUUUCGAAUGCCCCAUUAACCCAUGCUGCUGCAGUGGAUUUUACAUUCCUCUACACCCUUCGAAACAUGAUAGAGGAUGUAAGAAUUUAAUGGAACGAAUUAUUGGAUGGGUAUUUGAAUAACCUAUAGACAAACCUGAUUUCAAACCCUGAAAUCUUUAUAUUUAAUAUAUUAAAACAAAUAUUUACAAUAUAUGGUUCAACCAUUUCCUUUCACACUAGUUUCGCUUUAGUUGGAAAAUUCAUUACACAAAUAUUUGCCAAUAUCUUCACUAAUCAUAAUACAAUUGAAUGGUACGUAUAGGCGUGGGUAUGCGUGUGUCUGGCCCGCCAUCUAAGGACCGCGACUAUAUGUUUUUAUCAUUUUUUCACUCAUUCGCUCGACUGUCCAUUUUUUCCUCUAAUAUUUUUUUCUACUACUAGGAUCUGAAUAUAUUUUCUGAAAUUUUCUCCAUCCUAGAAUUAUUUUUCUAUAAUCCCUAGUCUUGUCAUUCCCUCUUUUAUCUGAUUAGGGUAUCUUUCCACGUUUCUUAGUUCCAUCACUUCGUCGAAUAUCUGUUUAUUCAACUUUUCUUCAUUCAUUAUAUUCAUGUGCCCGAAAAAUUUUAGUCUCCAAUUCCUAAUUGAUGUUUCAAGUCUUCAGUUCCUUCAUACAGAUCUAUAUAUAUAUAUAUAUGUUUUUUUUUUGCAAAUAAUCCUCUCCUACUUCUUUACCUAUCAUGAAUGAGGUGCACCCAAUGUAUCUACAUAGUCUACCAUGGCUCAAAUUGUAAAUUUCAAGUAAUAAAAAUAUUUCACAUCUUU